AUGUUUACCUCUUCCUCCAAUAUUGCUAGCAUGAGUGGUGUUACGACUACUCCAUGGAUGGACACCAGGUUAUGGAGCAGGCUCCCACAAAAGUUGGUAGAUCGAGUUAUUGCGUUCCUUCCCCCACCGGCCUUCUUUCGAGCCCGGGCGGUUUGUAAAAGAUGGUACGGUCUUGUAUUUUCCACCAACUUUCUUGAACUGUACAUGCAAGUAUCGCCCCACCACCACUGGUUCCUGUUCUUUAAGCAAAAAAGCCCAAAAAACUACGUCUACACAAGCUACAGUGGGAACAACGGCUCUGGUAGACCAAACUAUGAAGGGUGCCUUUUUGAUCCUUACAACGUCAAGUGGUACCGCAUCACCUUUCCUUUGAUCCCGCCUGGGUUUUCCCCAGCUUCAUCCUCAGGUGGAUUAAGUUGUUGGGUGUCUGAGGAGGCCGGUUCGAAGAGUAUCCUUUUAUGCAAUCCACUCUUGGGGUCACUAAUUCAAUUGCCGUCAACACUAAGGCCUAGGCUUUUCCCUUCAAUUGGUUUAACCAUCACCAACUCCUCCAUAGAUUUGGCUUUUGCAGGAGAUGACUUGAUAUCUCCUUAUGCAGUCAAGAAUUUGACUUCGGAAAGCUUUCACAUUGAUGAAGGAGGAUUCUAUUCCAUAUGGGGCACGACUGCUUCUCUUCCUAGGCUUUGUAGCCUCGAAUCAGGCCAAAUGGUUCCUGUGAAAGGGCGAUUUUACUGCAUGAAUUAUAGCCCAUUCAGUGUCUUAGCUUACGAUAUUGCCAUGAAUCACUGGUGCAAGAUUCAGGCUCCCAUGCACAGAUUCCUUCGCUCCCCUAGCUUGGUUGAGAGCAGAGGAAAACUCAUAUUAAUUGCAGUUGUUGAGAAAAGCAAGCUUAACAUUCCUCGAAGCUUGAGAUUCUGGGUGUUGCAAGAAUGUAGAACAAUGUGGGUCGAGAUAGAGAGGAUGCCACAGCAACUGUAUAUCCAAUUUGCAGAAGUUGAAGGCGGCCGAGGAUUCAACUGUGUUGCACACGGUGAAUUCGUUGUCAUACUCAUCCGACAGUCGGAGAAAGCAUUAUUGUUUGAUUUCAGCAGAAAGAUGUGGAUGUGGAUACCUUCAUGUCCUUGCGCAAAUGGAAGUGGCAUGACAGCAGAAAAUGGUAGCGAGUUGCACGGUUUUGCCUAUGAGCCUAGGCUUGCUACACCAAUUGCAGCUCUUCUCGAACAACUUACUCUUCCCUUCCAGCCUUUCACUGCAUAA